AUUUGGAUUAUAUUUGCUUUUGUAGCACCAAAGAUAAGACGUUUGAUAUGAUGAUGUCAUAACAGUGAGAAUCCAGCUAUGGCUGCUAACUCACCUUGCCGUCUGGGCUCAACACUGCCUCCUUGCAGUAGCCCAAGCCUAGUUGAAGAUGGAAGAAGACGGUCUUGUUCAGAAUCACAACAGCUAAUGCCAGAACCUUUCCAGUCAAUUCCUGCACAGGAACUGCUCAAGGAUAGCCACUGCAGAAAAUGUGGAUGGAUUAGGAAAGAGGGCGGAGGUCUCAAAACAUGGCGUGAUAGAUAUUUCAUUUUGCACAAAGGCUGCCUAUAUUAUUACAAUAGACCAGAAGCUACAACUACAGCUGGGAAGUUUUCUCUUGGUGGAUACAGGCUGUCCCCUGCACCAGAAAAGAGCUCUAAAUUUCAGUGGACAUUUAAACUAGUUCAUUUGCAGCCAGAAAAGAGGACUUAUUACUUUGCUGCUUAUUCUGAAAAAGAAAUGACUGAGUGGAUGGAGAGUAUAAAUGCAGACAUGAGUGAAUACUGUGGAACUGGAAGACAGACCAUAAUUGAACCUUGUACUGACUCUGGAGAAGAAUAUUGCUACCCAGAAGUAGAACCAAAAUUUAGUAUGGAACAAUUGGCUGCUUUGUUUGGAAAAUGCCCAUUACCUGGCUCUGGGGAAACAGGAGGUUCACAGCAGCCCACGUCGGACCCAGUGUAUUGCCCACCUCCUGAAAUAGACCCUCGAGACAUACUAAGAAAAUCACCACACCUUCUCAGAUCUGCCCCUCCUUCACCUAAGCCAGGGCCUGGAAAGCAGAAGAUGGGGUUCAGCUACAUGGGGGGAAAUAGAAUGUCUGCAGGACCAUCAUCGUUAAGACUAAUGAGACAACCAUCUCCUGGAUCCAGCCCUAUUUUUAACCGUAAGCCAGACCUUCCUCCAGAUGUUCCGUCAAGACAAGGAAAGCCCUUGGCUCCACCCAAGCCACUGUCAAGGCCACCUCCUCCUACAAAACGUGCCACUGCACCCGUGUUGACAUAUCCUUCAUGCAUUUCGAAUUCUGAAGAUGAUGAUGAUGAAGAAGGUGAGGGUUAUUUGGAUAUAGUUCCUGACACAAAUCCUGAAGAUGUGGCAAAUGAAGUGAAGCAGUCUACCCCGUCAAGGUCUGUCCAGGGAUUUCCAGAUGGGCAAAGUUUUCGGAAGCACCACAGUGAGGAUGUUCUUCCUUCCUCAGCUUUACGGCUUGACGUGGAUAAACUGGAGGUCCAUUAUCUACUGGAGAACAAGCUAGGAGUUUACAUUAUGCGAGAAAGUCAAAAUGCACAAUCAAGGCGGGCUUUGUCAGUGUGGACUGGAGAAAAAGUACGACAUUAUAUGUUAUUUCAUGAUGAGAACCUAGGUUACGCUCUCGACCCCGAGGGUGAAAGAUUUGAUAACAUGAAAGACCUUUUAAGGCAUUACUACAAGUUUAAUCUGCCAAAGUGUGACGUGAAACUCACAAGUCCUUAUAAGUAGCUGUUUUCAAUGGGGUAACUGACACUGAAUUGUUAUCUCCUUGUUUAUGAGAAAUAUUUUUUAAAAUUGAUAGUGUUAGUAUAGUUUUGACAUUGAUAUUCGCAUGAUCAAGAGACCCGGUAGCCUCGUAUGCAGAUGCUUUUUGGGCUUGUCAUGCAAUCUUUACGUGACGAGUCCAUGUAGAAUCUGGCGGCUAGAGAGCGUGAAUAUGAGACGUUCUCGUCAAUAGAGAAGUUUAUCUUCUGAAAGAGGAUUAUUUCGUCCAUAGGUAUAAUUAUCUUCCCUCUGAACAAGCAGGACUUGUCCUGUAUGUAAAUUGAUCCCCACAGCUCCUGGUCAUUUCAUAUAAAUACUUCUUAAUUUGAUUUAUGCCAUUAUGCCAAUUCUUUCAUUCCAUGGCCUCCCUCUGUUUUCUUAAUUCAAACAAGUUGAAUGAUUUGCCGAAGUAACAUAUUUGGACGCUGGGUUAUGAAAGGACUCUAAAAUAAAACUACGUGAUGCAGUGUAAUAAGAAAAGGUACUCUUUAACCUAAAGAAUAAAAGUAUAAAGUAAAAUGAAGGGUGUUUCUCCUAUAGAAGUAUGUCGUUCUCUUUGUGGGCUGGUUCCACUGCCAUGAGGUACAAAUAAGGACGGCAAUAAAUUAGGCAUAAUUUACAUUGUGAAUACCAACCAGUGUUUUGAAGUAAAGCACUAAAAGAACGUUAAAACUGUAUACAAAUGUAGCAUAUUGUUGACGCAGAUAAAUUGAAGGGAAUUAUUAUUAUUACAGUAUUUUGUAAUUGGUCUAAAAGUGCAACGUAUCUAGAUAAAAUAAUAUCAGUGUUGAUACGUCAAAAUAUGGCUAAACAACACAGUCAUUAUUGUCUUAUUCAUAACGGAGAUCUUACUUAUUUCAUUUACAUUAAGACUCUUAUAUUUCUUAGAGAGUCCUGAUACAAUUAUUGACACAAUUUAAAAAUUUGUUUGGAAUCUUUUUUUUUAAAUUUCUUGAAUGCAUUUUAUUAUUAUGUAUUCAACUUAUUUUUCAUAACGUGGAAAAUGUUCUGUGUAGCUUUUAAUUUAUGCAUUGAACAUUGAAAAUUAGCUAUUUUUUUUCAAGAAAGCUUU